UUCGGUUGAUGGUGUGUUUGUGUCGGUAUAUGUUAACUAGCUAGCUAGCAAGAACAUACUGCUGUAGCAUUUUUCGAGCUACUCAGUUUUAGGCACGCUGUUGCAUCUAGAAAGCUAAUAAAAAAACAUCGGUUGUUUCUCACAGGUUGAAAAUAUGGAGAUUGGGACAGAGAUAAGCAAGAAAAUUAGGGCGGCCAUCAAGGGCAAGCUUCAGGAACUUGGAGCGUAUGUGGACGAGGAACUCCCUGACUACAUAAUGGUUAUGGUGGCGAACAAGAAGACUUCCCAACAAAUGGCAGACGACCUUUCUCUCUUUCUUGGGAACAACACUAUCAAGUUUACUGUCUGGUUGCAUGGUGUCCUUGAGAAACUAAGAUCUGUUGCAGUGGAGCCAGCAACCUCAAGACCCCAGCUCUUUGAUAGUGGUGUUCCUGCUGCUGAGAGUCAUGACUUGGAGAGCGAAGUCAGGAAGGGGGAGGGGUCAAAGGCCCUUGCUGUGUCCAGCACACGCUCUGACAGGGCAGAGACCCGUGUGUCAAGCUCUGCCCAUGACCACCAUGCAAGGGCCGCCGCAGCAGAGCGGAUGUCCUCCCGCCUGACAUCCACUGUGAAGCCCAUGAUGGAGCCGCCGUCCUCCGAAGCAGUCAUCGACAUCAAGCCUGAACUGGACGAUGACCUUAUUGCCACAGACGUGGUGGAGGUAGGCGUCCCAGGUGGUCGCAUGCGCGGAAACUCCAGCCGUGCCACGGCGCAGGUCUACAGACCCCCGCCCGGCAGGUCCUACUCCGGCAGGUCCGCGGACACCUACAGGUCUUUUGAGGGGUCCUCACACAGCAGGCACCAGGAAGGAGCCUUGCAGGACCGAAGAAGCAACAGGACCUCCAGAAAUGGGGCCAGCAGUAGUAGGCAUCAGCAGGAUGAGGCGUCACGAAAACGCAAGGCGCCAGUAGCCAGUUCUGUGGUCCGGGUGAGCAGAGCUGCAGACGAGGCUCAGGAUAGUGACGACCAGGAUGAAGAAGAUGAUGAUGAUGAGGAAGAUGAAGGCUAUGGGGCCCGUAGCAUGUCUAGCCGGGUCUCCCUGCCUAGGAAACCAGAACGCAGACCCUCCCUGCCACCAGCCAAACAGGCCAAUAAGAACCUGCUCCUCAAAGCCAUCUCUGAGGCACAGGAUUCCAUCUCCAAGACAACAGCUUACCAAACAGUCCACCAGAAGCAGACAGUGCCCGUGGCGCCCCGGACCCGUAUGGUCAGCAAUGAGAUGAGUGCCGCCAUCCAGCUGGUCCAGGAACACCUUCACAGCCUGGCUCCUCGGCCCCAGACCUACACCCCCACUGGGCUCCAGCCCCCUAGGCACGCUGUUCAGUCGAGAUCGCUGGCGUCCCGUCUCCAGUUGGACCUUCCGGAGGAGAACGCCACAACGCUGCCCUCUGACUUAGUGGCAGCGGAAGCCGAGGAGCAAGAGGGCAAGGCCCUGGACACGCGCUCCUUCAUCAUGAGCAGGCCUGUCCUGGCGGAGGAGCCCGUCUCUGUGAGGAGCAGGCUGGGCCUUCUGGAUAAGGAGGACAUCACACCUGCUACACUGCGCAUGGUGCAGGCCAGUAAGGAGAAGGGUUCUGUGCUGGGCUCUGCUAGUCCCAAGUUCAUCGUGACGCUGGACGGCAUCCCCAGCCCACUUGGAAACCUCGCCGACUGCGACAUGGAGACGGAUGACGGUGCCAGAGUGGCUAAGACUGCCGUAGCCGAGGCAGCCAUCCAUUUGAACCGUGAGCCAAAACUGAGCAUCCAUCAGAGACUCCAGCAUGGAGCCCUCUUUGCUGACGAGGAAGAGAUGGAGAUGGGGGAAGACGAGGCCGUCCCUGUCAAACGACAGAAGGUUCUAGAACGCUGCAAGUUCUGGCCCGUGUGUAAGAGUGCAGACGACUGUUUAUACCACCAUCCUACCACACAGUGCAAGACAUUCCCCAACUGCAAGUUUGGAGAGAAAUGUCUGUUCGUCCACCCCAACUGUAAAUACGAUGCUAAGUGCACCAAGCCAGACUGCCCCUUCACUCACGUGAGCCGCAGAGGCCCCGCCCCCCCUCCCAGACCAGUCUUUACUCCAGCUCUCUUUACUCCAGCUCCACAGUCGCAGAGUGCUAGUGUGUGCCGCUUCUUCCCAGACUGUAAGAAGGUGGACUGCCCCUUCUACCACCCCAAGCCUUGCAGGUUUGCAGCCCAGUGCAGGCGUACGGGGUGUACCUUCUACCACCCCUCCACCUCUGUACCUCCCAGACACGCCCUCAAAUGGACAAAAACUCAGAGCAGUUGAGAUCCUUACCGGCCCAGAUGUGCUGCUGCUGUUGUGGAAGAAGAAUCGCAGCUUUGAUUAGUUCCCCUGGAUUUACCACACUAUCAAAUCUGUUGUUUAAUUUCAUCUUUAAAUUCAUUUUUAUUUUAUUUGUGAAACUUACUUUUAAUAGAACUUAACAGGUACUGUAACUGGGUUUUGUAAGUUGCUGUACUCUUGACUUUUUCUUUUUUUUUACUGGGGGGGAGGGUGAGUAAAAGAAAAAGAACCCCAUAUCAACA